AGGAAGAGUGCAUAGAACGCAUUUCUUUACACCCAGCAUGAUUGCCGUAUUUGGUAACUGCUUUCUCGCCCUUCGGUAACUAUGGGCGAUUUGCUUAGUAGCCGGCGUCUGACCUCUUUAUUAAUCGUUUUAGCUUAGCAUCAAGCGUUUUUACGCCCGUCCGCUGUCCGCUCGCUGCCUUCGCUCCGACGGACCUAACUUACAACCUUAUUGCAAAUAACAGCAUCUACAUCACGUAGCCGAUAAAGCAGCCCGGGUAGCACCCCAGAACGGGGUUGCUGGUCAGGCUGCGAGCAGGGCAAAUGCAGUGCACAGCAGAAAGCUAAGGGAGCUCAGCUGGGCAGGGUGCCAUGGUAUUCAGCUGCUUUGCUUGCUGCUCUGCACCGCUUGUUCCCGAGGACCACACGGAGCUCGGCCGGGAAGAGCUUAAACGCCUCUACGACCGGUCCGUGGCGCUGAAUGGGGGCAAGCUGUACGUGCAUGGAAUCUUUGCUCGGGCCAACACACGCAAUAACAACAAGCGUGUAUACCCAAAGCACAUCCUUGAACGGGAGGUCGCCCGGUUUAUAGCUGAACACAUCGUGCCCGGCACAGCGCUUGGGGAGCUGGACCACCCAAACUACGCUUCCAAAUACUUCAAAUGCCUCAACCUUCCCAACGUCAGCCACCAGGUGUUGGAGGUGGUGUGGAAGGGCGACCAGCUGUGGGGCACCAUCGAGGUGCUGCCCACCCCCUCGGGGCUGCUGCUGUGGGAACUCUACUCCAGGGGUGUCAAGCUGGGGGUGUCCAGUCGCGGCUGGGCCUCGCUGCGCUCCGACCCCGCCUCCAAGUGCGUGUUCGUGGACGACGACUUCGAGCUCAUCACCUUUGACUUUGUGACGGAGCCCUCCACGCGCGGGGCCUAUCUGGCACCCGUGCAGCGCAAGUACAAGCGACCCGUGCCCGACCAGGCCAAGGUGGUCGCCAUCUCGCACCUGGGUCACGGUGUGGUGGCCAUGGAGAAGGUGGCGCGGGUGCCGGGGCCCGCGGUGCUGGUGCAGCGGAUAGCGGAGCUGCAGCGAGCCUCCGCAGCCAUCCUCAGCCCCCUGGCGCCCCCCACCGCACCCCCAGCAGUGGCCUCCAGCAGUGGCGCCGGCAGCUUGCAGCAGCAGGGUCAGCAGCUGCUGUACCCCUCCGUCGGCUGCCCAGCCUCCCAGCAGCAGCAACAGCAGCAGCCGGGGCAGCAGUUAGUGGUGGCGCCUGGUGCGCCGGUGGUGGUGCCGGCCUUCAAACCCAGUGGGCUGGACAACCUGCUGUGUUUCGGGCAUUACGUGGUGCACCAGUCCGCCCCCUAUUUGGACCGCGAGCAGCACGCGCGGGACUACCGAGCGCACCUGGUCAUCUUCACCGCGCGGGCGCACCUAGCAGAUGAGCGAGUCAACACAGGCGCACUCAGUCGGGGGGAAAUAGACAACGUGAUCCUAAACAAGCUCAUCACCAAAGACGCCUUUGACCCAGCAUCCACCUCCUUCGCCACGCGGCUAGACCAGCCGCCGCACUUUGGCUUCAACGGCGGCAUGGCAGGGGCCAACCAUGUCACUGCCAUUGGCGCCGCUACCGACAGUGGGUGUGCGACGGCGGUUGGAAGCAACGGUGGUUUCGGUGCAGCCGCUGGCGUCGGCGGCCGAAUGGGGAUCGUAUCCGCCGCCGCGGCGGCGGCGGCAGCCGAGACGCAGGGCCCUUCUGGGAUAGACGCGUCGUACGCAGUCGUACAUGCAGCGGCGGUGGCGGCAGGACAGAGGAUCAGCGGUGCCGGAGGAGGGGCAGGGUUGCGGGGGGCGGCGGCGGCGGCGGCGCCAAACCCGACGGAUUUAGAGUCUUGGGUCAUGCACCCACAUGCGCUGAAUGCAUCUAGCAGCACAAUAGACACGGCGGUCUCGGGAGGGGAGCAGCGCAACGCGGGCAGCAGCGGAGGCGGGGCUGCUUCCCAUAGCUCAAAAUCCCUGACACCUCCUGCCGUACAAUGCAUCCCUGUCGGUGCCGCCGCCAGCAGAGGCGGAGGCGGUGGCGGUGCAUCGACAGGUCCCCGGCAAAGCGCGGGAACGGCGGCUGUAGCGACGGGGCUAAGCACCCGACGAUUGGGAGGAGGAGGAGGCAGCGGAGGGCCUGCAGGAGCUGAGUUGUCGGCGGGAGGCUUGGACGACGAGCAGUUGAGGAGUUGGUUGAGUCAGUUGCCGGGUGGCGAGAGCAUGGCGCAGGGGUUCAUGGAGAUCCGCGCCUCCCUCAUCAGCUUCGCACAGCUCUACCAGCUACACCAGAAGCGGGUGGAGGCUGUGCUGCUGAAGCAGAUGGCGGUCCCGCCCGCAUCGGCGGCGGGCCAUGGAUACCACCAUGGAUCGCAUGGCGGUAGCAGUCGUACGGCCGCGCAAGUGGCACGACUCUAGCAGCAAGCAACUUACUGUGGCAGCAUUCGCAGCAGCAGGAGCAGCACCGGCAGCAAAGGGUUUGGGGAACUGACGACGACGCCGUUUGUCAAGCACAGCCCUUGCCGCUUGACGGGUAGGAGCCGUAAAAGCCGUCGGGUUCCUGCCGAGAAAGCUGCAUGUACUUGACGAAUGAGCGCGGCCCGGUGCCGGUGGUGGCGGUUGCGGGUGGUUGUGGUGGUUGUGGUAAGGGGCUGUGCGGUUGGUGGUGGUUGGUUGCACAUGCUGCAGAAGCGCAAAUGCCCCUAGGGCUGUUUACCGGUAUUCUUGCUACGCUCCUCCGCGCCCUUGGCUGCUCGGGCAUAACGGACGUUCGGCUUGUUAUGUGCGGCUUGUGGCUUAGGCUUGCGGCUUGGUAUUCAUCUGCGUACGGUGGUUGUUGUACGGAAAGUAUUGUACGACAGUGAUCAACAGGAAAGUGACGUGUAAUGCAUUUGUGUGCAGAGUUGUGAUGGUGGUGGUGGCCCCAGCAAGGGACGCAUGAAAAGGACAGCGGGUGAUGGUGCGAAAGAAGAGAGGGUGGCAAAGGUUUACUGUGCUUAUGUAUCGGGCAGCUUUUGGUACUGACGUGAAGACACGUGUGCGUGUAUGUGUGUGUUUGUAUGUGUGUAUGCGCGUUGGGUCGGUGUGGGAACGACGCAAGACAGCACAUUAGCACUGCUCGCAUGCAUUCCCCGUGCGUAUCGGAUACGGGGAGGGAAUCUUGAUUUUUGGAUCGCUUAUGUUGAGCCGUGUUCUAAGUAUGAUGGUUCCUUACGCAACCAACAUUGCUGAGGUGGAACGGCUGGCGAGGUGAGGUGAGGUGGGUUGUGGAGAGUGUGUGUUGCACAGCGUGCGGAGAGGUUUUGGUCCUGCUCCGUAGCCCGUUUAUGCGUGUGUGACCCGUGGGUCUUUAUGACCUCGCGCCUCAUUUGGGGAUCAGCGAGCGAGCACCACAUGCAUGCGGUUUCUGGUUAUCCUUGCGCUGUUAAUUGUUGUGUUUAGGCGUUGCUGGAAGCGCGGGAAGGGAGCCGAGCUUGUGGCGCAAGCAGGCUUGGUCGCAAGUAGCUUGGUCGUUAGGCAUGGUCGUAAGUAGCCGCCCUUCCGUUUACUCCUGACGCUUUCCUGGCUUUCCUUUUUGCUGUCACUUUGGAUUCAAGGACAGAAGGAGUUUGCAGCUCCCCUUGCUGUCCUGUUGCUUGUCCUUGGACAUGGGUAUGGCAGGUGUGUGUGUCUGUUUAGGGGCGUUAUCACGGUUCUACAGACGGCCGUUGUUGGUUUUGUCGUCGAUUGAAUGCUGCUAACGGAGUUACAGAGUGGUUGGGUGACGCCUGCCGAAUUGGUGGGUUGCAAUGGGUGGUGGGUGCCUGCAGGCGCCCAUACGCUUGCAGGAUGAGGCGGAGGGCUGCACGUAUCCUACUAUCAUAUGCCGUCUUCAUCUGCUUUCGCUCGCUACUCCGCUUACUCUUGCGGCACUUCCACGCAACAGAGCGUGCGACCGACAGCUCUCGCAUGUCACGUUAAGAGGUAGCAAAGCAGCCGUCGGUGCCCGAGAGAAACCGCGUGUGUGCGUAUGUGCUUGCGAUCGCCAUCCCUGGAUUAUGCAUUAUGCGUGGUUAUUUGCGAAACUGUGUCCUCUCGUCUUUCUGAAAAGAAGCAAUGCUAGGGCAACAUAUACGACAGAAUACGACACCUGUGACGGAGGUGUGCGUUGCGGCAUAUUGAGGCGGCUGCCACGUUUCUUUGGGGUUCCUGUGUGAUGGGAUGUUGGCGUUUUUGGCGCGCUCUUUGCACAACACAGCUGUACUGCUAUUUGGAGAGGUGUUUAUUGUACGGCAUAUGAGGAAGGGUAAGAUGGACGGAGAGGCCAUACAUGGCUGCAUCUGUGCAUGGGACGUGCUGGGAAGGCUGCAUUAGGGAGAAUCCGUUGGUUGGGGUUCGCAGAACCCGUUGGUGUUUACGACAUCCGUUGGGUGCUGUGGCCGGAUUGGAGGGUUAGAGGCGCUAGGUGGUUGCCGGUAUGCCACUUUCAGAAAUAAGGUGAAGAGUUGGUGUGGAGGAGUAGGAGGUCCGCGUCGUGUCAUGGCGACGAGAGCUGUGAGCUUUUGUGAGGCCUUGACCCGCUUUGCGACGAAAUUGUGUGUCUUGGGACUCAGUCAUUAGGUUACUGCAUCUUGUGUGUUCUGGAGCUUUCGCGUGUUUCUAUAGGUUAACUUAAAACACUGAAACCAACGUUGACGUGAUAAUUUAUUGCUGGUGUUCUGUACGGUGUACGGCACUGGAGAGACGGUUCAGGACAAGGCCCGAAUGGUCGUACGCGGAU